GUGACGACCAACAGCAUCACAACUAGUUUAAAACUCACAGAAUGGCAGAGGCAGCUAGAUGUUAUUCCUUUCAUGGUGGAAUAAACGAUCGCAAGCAUCCUGAGGUCAGCCAUGGUGGACACAUUAGCAUAGAAGAUCUGAGAAUAGCACUUAAGGAUGAUACUAACGUGGUGCAAAUACGGCGUGACUUUGAAAGGUUGGGAAGACACUAUGAACUAAAAAUACUUGAUCAUUUGACUAAUAACAUCCCAAACUAUCCAACCCCCAUUGAAUUUCACAUCUCAGAGGUGACUCAUGUCACUAACAAUGACCAUCUUUUGGAAAUCAUGGCCUCGGGAGGAUUCAAGGCUCAUGAGAAGUUCUCGUGGUGGAGUGUGAAGAUUGAUGAAGGGAGUAUAAAAGCAGCUGAGGAGCGUUAUUUAGAGAAGGUGUUCCCAAAAAGAUCCCAAGAGCAAAAAGAAAGACAGGAGCCAUUCCUCUACAAAUUCACCAUAUCACCUGCAUUUCACAUUGACAAAUCACGCUAUGGCAACUUUCGCUUCACAUUUCCCCUGAAAGAACUUAUGGAAACAUACAAGGAGCAGAUGUGCAGAGGCCAAGACCCCGUUCUCAGGGAAUAUAAGACAGUGUUUUACAGGCAGGAGAUCAUGUAUGUUGUUCUCGUUCACAGCCCUAAAGACAAUGAGAGCUUUGAGAAUUUCCCAAAGAUUGAAAAAAGCUCAUUUGUAGAUUAUGAGGGAAAUCAAAUUGUCUGGAAAGCACAAGCCAUUGGUGAUGCCAUCAAUUUUAAACUGGUACUAAAUACAGAAGACCGAAUAGCUACGGCUGAACUUGUGCUUGAUCGUUUUUAUGUAUGGGAUCAUGUUAGCCUAGCAUUUCAUUUUGAUGAUGUAUUACGGUUCCCUCGAGAAACCCUUCAGAAGAGCAUCACCUGCUGUAAAUUGGAUAAAAUAAAUCUUGCAAAAGGGAGAACCUGCUCCUCUCUUGGAGAAGCAGAAGAAAUGCUUUCCAAAUAUUUGAUGUAAAAGCAACUUGCACAUUUAUAAAUAGCUGGUAAAUUUCAUAAACAGUUAGACUAUUUCAGUUUUAAAGUAGCGAAACGGAAAUAGUAUUUUCUUGUCAAACGUACUCCAGCGAUCUGUAUAAUUUACAUCAUAAAAAAUAUUUAUUUACAGUGUAGUCAUAAGAGGACAGUGGAAGUAAAGAUACUGAGUGAGCUUAAUAUUUUAUAGCUUCUCUCUUUUGACCUGAUUAGUGUUUUGUAAUCUUAAAUCAAUAUAAAAUAAUUUAUGAAUUGUAAUUACAUGAUCAAUUGUAAUCAAGAAAUUUCUGAAAAUUAUUACGUUUUUUGUAUUUUAUUUUGCUUGCUAUUUAUAUUUUCUUCUUGUUUAAGCAUUUUAAGAUAUGUUGUCUUCUGUAUUUAAUGUUUUCCCUGUAUUUUACUUUUACCAAUG